ACUUUAAUGAUGUUCGAGGUGUAAGAGGGGUUGGACCCUGUUGCUACUCAUUCUCAAUACAUGAGACGUGCGAUAGCAAGGAAGCAGCCUGAGUGGUCUAUGCAAGAUCGACCACGUAAUGGUCUGGCAAUCUGAGCACAGCUAUCAGCGUUUGGACGACUCAUUUCCUCAACGGGGUCUCAACACUGCAGCAUCGAGUGCUUAUCGAGUCCAACGGUGGCAACAUUCAGAGUUACUUCGCUUGGUUGCGGAGCCUUUGAACACUCUGCCCUUUCGCACAAAAGCCUGUCAAUCUCUCUCCUGUUGGAAUGCGGAAGUCGACGAGGCCAGAAUACUGCGCCACACGACCUUAGGCGGUGAUACUAGACGGACGAUGCCUAUAUUCAGUGGCCGUGGAGACCGGAUGGACUUUGGCUUUCCGGCACCACCAGGACGGAGCGGACAAACGGCCAAAGGAGACAUCGGUUGGACACCAUCAAAUCACGCUCAAUCGAAUAAUUCUCGCCUUGAUUCGUACUUUACAUGCAAACCUUACUCUAAAGUUCCAUCCACCGAUAAGCUUAUUCGAAGUGCCAUUAGCCAGCUUUCUGCUGAGCUGGAGAAUCAGCCGGGCGUACCGGAAUCUCUGAGCCCUUCGUCCACUAUUAGCACUGUCCAAGAUUAUGGCACGCCACCCACACCAACUGCAGCAACUGGUCCAUACCCUUUCGAGCUUCUAGCCUUAAAGACAACUCUUUCCCUCGUCCCAGCCCCGUCCACUCUGCGAGACGAGCAACAGCAACGCCCGCGUAUACAGCAGAGAAUGACCACCAAUCGUAAGCUAACAAUGGUACGCCAGCAUCAGUAUCGGGGAUCGAAGUUACGCACGGAAGUGCGCUUCGACGAUGAUUCUUUCCAAAUGCCUCACACUGUCAACGCUGCCGAAUUUAGUUCUUGGGGACGAAGCCCGUCCCCUAGUCCAUGGCCUAGCUCAUACAAUCAUCUUAGUACUGCGGGCCAUGGUGUGGAUGUGUAUUGCGAGUACGAUGAUCACGAUUGUACCCGUCAAGAACCGCCGCCGGAGCGACCAUACUACCCCAGCUUAGCGACUCAGGCGUGUAUCCGCAUGCCGCAACAAGCAUUCAGGGAAGAGCGAGAAGCCGAAUGGAACUACCGCUUCCCCACCAGCGAGGCUUUCAAGCACGAAGGCAAGGAGUGUGUGUCACCUGUAUGCUCAGCGCCCGGUUCAGGAUACAAUUCCCAUAUAACCACACCUUUCGGUACUCCACCUGAUUCGCCGGCUGAUACACCUCCUGGAUCGAAGCCAGCUUCGUUGCGGAUAAUAAAACGUGGUGGAGGUGCUUUCGAAGGCAUGGACAUUGACAAAGACUUUGAUGGAGGACCUGUAGAUUCUAUGGAUGCCCUGACUGCUCAUCCUGGCGGUACAAGACAAAGUUCCUUGAACACUCACUCGCAAACCCAGCUUGCCAACAAGACGAGUGUGCCGUUUUGGAGGCAGAGAUCAGCUGACAAAGCCUUUGCAAAGGGACUCCUCGAGCGAGAGAAAGUCAACGGGGUUCUGUUCCCGUCCCAUCCCGAGUCGAUCGAUUCCGGGUCGCAGGCAUCGCAAAGCGCAGCUACUGAUAGUCACUGUAUACGCUUAAGCAAGCUGAAGAAGAUUUUCGGGAGCGAGAAAGGGAAGACGAGGAAACAAACGCCCAGAGCUCCGCCAAACGCAGAAUAGUCACGCGUAAAUUCUCGGAAGUCGAACGUCCGAUGCCAUGGAUUUGCAUAGACGGGAAAGACUUUAUGUGGCAAUCAUUCGCCCAGCGGGAGUUGAGUCACGCAUACGCCGGGCGGAAAUUAAAUCUUCGCAUACAUUCGCUUCUAGUCGCUGAGCACUGUAUGGG